AUGGUGGUGAUAAACGACGUGAUAAUCAACUCUGCCGUGCAUCUCGCUCUCAACGCUAUGAUGGGGAUGCGCAUCUAUGCCAUUCUUGGCAAAUCGAGGCGGGUGCUUUAUUUCAUUGGUGUCUGCUUCAUCGCUACGCAAGUCACUGCAAUUGUGCUGGCAUUGCUGAAGGUGUUCCCCUUACACGUCACCACGAGCAGCACCAGCCUCGCCAGCCCUGAAGAAGGCGACAUCUGCGAAACGUGGACUGCGUCGCGGAAAGCGUGGUACCAGUCCGGCUCACUGAUCUGUCUUGUUGUGUAUGAAACCAUUAUGUUUCUGAUGUCGCUCGUCGUCUUCGUCCGGAACGCAUUAGAUGAGACUCAGAGGCUUACCGCAACCUCAAAGACGUUGAUGGGCAUCAUUAUUCGGGACAAUAUGCUUUAUUUCCUUGCAGCUUUUCUCGGGCUUUCGCUUACCGUGUCCUCAAACAUCAUCUCUAUCGUGGUCCCUUCUGCUAACACCGUCUCUCACCUAUGGUACCACGCAUUCACCGUCUUCACAACUGUAUGCUCUGCACUGUAUCAGGUCUUACUCGGCCCUUUGAUGAUGCUAAGCAUCCGGGAGUACGACUUCAAGCAUGUGAACGGAGGAGGGACUUCCGGCAACGUAGAGAUGGGAACGCUCAAGUUUGCCACGGCUGCGUGGUCGCAGACGGGUACCGCAGACAUCUCGAGCGUGGAUCACCCUCGGCGACACGUCGUGUCUUUCACUGCUCCCAACUGCUCCCUAUCGCUUUCCUAUCUCCAUGCAAAGCGGCGGUCGGCCUUGCAGCAACAUCGCCUUGAACCUCGCUGCAAGCCUCACGUCCCCCUCACCUCUCUUUGA